UCCUCUUUCCUCCAUUUCUCGAUCACCAUUUACAUUUCUUCUCAUGCUUUAUUUAUAAUUAACCCGAUCUAUAUAUAUAUAUACAAAUAAGUUACUAUGUCGGCAUAUUGCCGCCGGAUAACCGCCGGCACCGCCGCAUCGACGGCGGCGAUGAGCCAGAUUCAGCUCCGCCGCGCGGAAGUCCUGCAGCUUCCUCGGGAGUUUGUUGUUACAGAUCGACGGAGAGGGAUCGCCCUGCGAUCGUCGUCCCGGCGGCGGUGGGUGAUGGAGGCGGUAGGUCUGAGAUCGGACGGUGGCGGUGGAGUGGAGGAGGAGAAGAAGAUCAGGCCUUGCUCGUACGCCGUUGGAGAUCAGAGGGCGGUGGGAAAUUUGGUGGGAGGAGGAGGAAGUGGUGAGGUGGUGGCGGAGGCGGGAGGUGGAGUGGAGGGAGAUCGGACGGUGGAGGUGUUGGUUGCAGCGGGGGUUACGGUGGUGCUUGGAGUAGGGAAUCGGGUGCUAUAUAAAUUGGCCUUGGUGCCCUUAAAGCACUACCCUUUCUUUCUAGCUCAGCUCGCUACUUUUGGAUAUGUAAUUGUAUACUUCUCAAUCUUGUAUCUCCGCUAUCAUGCUGGCAUCGUAACAGAUGAAAUGCUUUCCUUGCCAAAAGCUCCAUUUCUUGCUGUUGGUCUCUUGGAGGCUCUUGGUGCUGCUGCUGGAAUGGCAGCUGGAGCAAUCCUUUCUGGUGCAGCAAUUCCCAUUUUGUCUCAGAGCUUUCUAGUUUGGCAACUUCUACUUUCAUAUAUAUUCCUUGGGAGGAGGUAUAGAUUCAAUCAAUUACUUGGGUGCUUUCUGGUGGCCGUUGGUGUAAUCAUAACAGUAGCAAGUGGAUCUAGUGCUGCUGGUUCAUUGAUGGAAGGUGGUGUAUUCUGGAGUCUCUUGAUGAUAGUUUCUUUUUUGUUUCAAGCUGCUGACACAGUAUUGAAGGAAGUAAUUUUCUUGAAUGCUGCUCAGCAAUUGAAGGGUCGUACGGUGGAUCUAUUUGUUGUAAAUUCCUAUGGAUCUGCUUUCCAGGCACUCUUUAUAUUCCUUCUCCUACCUUUUUUGUCAAAGUUAUGGGGUAUCCCAUUUUAUCAACUGCCAAACUAUCUAAAAGAUGGUGCGGCCUGCUUUCUGAACAAUGGCACUAUCUCAAGUGGAUGUAAUGGUGCACCACUGCUACCGUUGCUGUUUGUUAUUGUAAACAUGGGUUUCAACAUAUCAUUGUUGCAUCUGAUCAAGAUAUCUUCCGCUGUGGUAUCUUGUCUUGCAUCCACUGUUUCAGUGCCAAUAUCUGUGUUUCUCUUCACACUGCCACUACCGUACCUUGGCGUUGCAUCCUCCUUACCACCAGGCUUUGUGGCAGGCGCAGUCGUUCUCCUAGUGGGCAUGCUUAUUUAUGGUUCGACGCCAUUAUUGACUCCCUCCUCUACUGACCCUCAGCCAUCAGUCGACUAAACUACACGAACGAUCAUGAUCGUGAUCGUAUUCGUCAUCGUCAAGCUAGCUCAAUUAUUAUUUGGUGAAUAAUUUUGCAAUACACUACACUUGCCAUGUUUCUAUACCAUAUUGGUGUAAUGGAUCCCACAACUUAUCCAAUGCAGUGCUGACAAGUAGACUGACACAUCAUAUGGUAAAAAAUAAGAUGGUAGAGAUUGUAACAUUAUUACUCAUAAUGUUGUUAUUGUAAUAGCUGUGUUUGUUUUAAUAAUUUAAAAUGUCCAUAUUGGGGACUUGUAUUUUUAGCUAUCAAACACAUGGGUAUUUCACAAAGGUGGCCCUGUUCUCAUUUCUCACUCCUCUUUUGAUCAAUAAAUAAAUGUAUUCUAUAUUUUGCCUUUA